AUAGAUCCCUGGAGGAUACCCACAGACAUUACUGCUACUAAUUCAUACCAUACUUGACGUAUAUCUGCGCAUACAUAUCUACCCCAACUUUCAUAUAAAAUUCCUAGAUUUAUUGCAUCUUCUAAUAGAGUCAUUUUUCAGAUUUUUCAAUUUCCAUAGAAAGCAUACAUUUUCAUACAGCUUCUAUUUGUUAAUCGACCUGAUAAUUUUACUAGCCAUAUUUCUUUUUUUGAUUUUUCACUUAAUCGACAUAUAAAUACUCACGUAGUUGACACUCACAAUGACCACUACCCCAUUUGAUGCUCCAGAUAAGCUCUUCCUCGGGUUCGAUCUUUCGACUCAGCAGUUGAAGAUCAUCGUCACCGAUGAAAACCUCGCUGCUCUCAAAACCUACAAUGUCGAGUUCGAUAGCAUCAACAGCUCUGUCCAGAAGGGUGUCAUUGCUAUCAACGACGAAAUCAGCAAGGGUGCCAUUAUUUCCCCCGUUUACAUGUGGUUGGAUGCCCUUGACCAUGUUUUUGAAGACAUGAAGAAGGACGGAUUCCCCUUCAACAAGGUUGUUGGUAUUUCCGGUUCUUGUCAACAGCACGGUUCGGUAUACUGGUCUAGAACGGCCGAGAAGGUCUUGUCCGAAUUGGACGCUGAAUCUUCGUUAUCGAGCCAGAUGAGAUCUGCUUUCACCUUCAAGCACGCUCCAAACUGGCAGGAUCACUCUACCGGUAAAGAGCUUGAAGAGUUCGAAAGAGUGAUUGGUGCUGAUGCCUUGGCUGAUAUCUCUGGUUCCAGAGCCCAUUACAGAUUCACAGGGCUCCAGAUUAGAAAGUUGUCUACCAGAUUCAAGCCCGAAAAGUACAACAGAACUGCUCGUAUCUCUUUAGUUUCGUCAUUUGUUGCCAGUGUGUUGCUUGGUAGAAUCACCUCCAUUGAAGAGGCCGAUGCUUGUGGAAUGAACUUGUACGAUAUCGAAAAGCGCGAGUUCAACGAAGAGCUCUUGGCCAUCGCUGCUGGUGUCCACCCUGAGUUGGAUGGUGUAGAACAAGACGGUGAAAUUUACAGAGCUGGUAUCAAUGAGUUGAAGAGAAAGUUGGGUCCUGUCAAACCUAUAACAUACGAAAGCGAAGGUGACAUUGCCUCUUACUUUGUCACCAGAUACGGCUUCAACCCCGACUGUAAAAUCUACUCGUUCACCGGAGACAAUUUGGCCACGAUUAUCUCGUUGCCUUUGGCUCCAAAUGAUGCUUUGAUCUCAUUGGGUACUUCUACUACAGUUUUAAUUAUCACCAAGAACUACGCUCCUUCUUCUCAAUACCAUUUGUUUAAACAUCCAACCAUGCCUGACCACUACAUGGGCAUGAUCUGCUACUGUAACGGUUCCUUGGCCAGAGAAAAGGUUAGAGACGAAGUCAACGAAAAGUUCAAUGUAGAAGACAAGAAGUCGUGGGACAAGUUCAAUGAAAUCUUGGACAAAUCCACAGACUUCAACAACAAGUUGGGUAUUUACUUCCCACUUGGCGAAAUUGUCCCUAAUGCCGCUGCUCAGAUCAAGAGAUCGGUGUUGAACAGCAAGAACGAAAUUGUAGACGUUGAGUUGGGCGACAAGAACUGGCAACCUGAAGAUGAUGUUUCUUCAAUUGUAGAAUCACAGACUUUGUCUUGUAGAUUGAGAACUGGUCCAAUGUUGAGCAAGAGUGGAGAUUCUUCUGCUUCCAGCUCUGCCUCACCUCAACCAGAAGGUGAUGGUACAGAUUUGCACAAGGUCUACCAAGACUUGGUUAAAAAGUUUGGUGACUUGUACACUGAUGGAAAGAAGCAAACCUUUGAGUCUUUGACCGCCAGACCUAACCGUUGUUACUACGUCGGUGGUGCUUCCAACAACGGCAGCAUUAUCCGCAAGAUGGGUUCCAUCUUGGCUCCCGUCAACGGAAACUACAAGGUUGACAUUCCUAACGCCUGUGCAUUGGGUGGUGCUUACAAGGCCAGUUGGAGUUACGAGUGUGAAGCCAAGAAGGAAUGGAUCGGAUACGAUCAGUAUAUCAACAGAUUGUUUGAAGUAAGUGACGAGAUGAAUCUGUUCGAAGUCAAGGAUAAAUGGCUCGAAUAUGCCAACGGGGUUGGAAUGUUGGCCAAGAUGGAAAGUGAAUUGAAACACUAAAAUCCAUAAUAGCUUGUAUAGAGGUAUAGAAAAAGAGAACGUUAUAGAGU